CAUAUUCAUAACAUUCAUAAGUUUCUUCGUAUCAAUGUUUCUUAAUAUGGUUCUAUUUGCCGAUACACAUUUAAUAUGUUUGCCUAAACAUUGGUCCUGUUUUUCAUCUCAUACUAAAUUGCUGCAUUUGAAAGAGGAAAGAGGAAUUUUUCAAAUUUUGAAGUAGUGAGUUUUACAAUGGUGUUUAGGGAUUUCGGAUUUAAAGCCGGAUAAAUAUAUUCGAAUAAGCAUCAGAUAUGGAACAUAGGUAUUAACCUUUUAUUGAUGCACUGUAUACGGGUGUUAUAGCAGUUGAAAUUACCUCAUCAAUGAGAAUGCUAUAAAGACAUUUAAUGUUGACAGAAACUACUUCACUUUCCCGAGUACUGCCGAACGGGGCAAAUUACAGAGAACAAGUGAAGGUGAAAUGUGAAACCAAGAGAGCAAGAACAGUUUUUGUUGUGAAGAAGUAAAUCAAUGUUGUUCCUGAAGCAGAAUUCAAAUUAUUUUGAAUCUUGUGCAAGGAAAUCAGAUGUUUUGGAUUUGAGGUGAAUUUUGAAGGCUGUCUAAUGCUCUGAGAACAUAUGUGAAAUCAUUAUUUCAUCUGCAGCUUUAGAAUUGCUGAAAACGUCAAAAUCUGUGGAAUUUGUUUCAAAAAGAGUAAUCGAAAUACCGAAUGUGUAACUCGGAUAGACAUUGAAUUCUUUUUCAAGUCGGUUCUUUGUUCAUAGGAAAUUUAAUUUACCUGUGUGUUUCGGCUCAUGACAAUGCAUGUUGAGUUUCAAUCUUGUGUAUUUGUGCCAAUUAUUUGAGGACUAUCUGCCCAUGAUCACAAAUUAAUUUCAUAAAAUAUCAGUAAAAUUGAAAUUCGAGUAUAGAAACAGCCUGUAAUUUUCAAGGUUAAUACCGUUAAAAAAGGAGAACCUCAUAAAUAACCUACAUUUACAAUGAAACAAACCUUUGUUUGUCAUCGUAUGAUGAAUGUAGAUCUAAUACAGAAAUACUUAGGUUUAUAAAUGAACAAAGAGUCUCAAUUUGGAUACCCGAGACAGUGUCAGGGGAAAACAUAUAUAUUUAAGAAAAAAUAACGUUCAAUUUAUUAUUCUCGAGAUAAAUUAUCAAUGAUUUCUAAUGGGCAUGAAAUUAAAACUUGACAUAUAACAAUUGCCAAGACUGCAUGGUGCAUAUAAGAGUGGAGGUUUUAUGUGAUAUUUAAUGAUGCAAGGUAUGGAUCACCAAAUUCCUAAGCCUAAUGCCCCUUUAGAGGCUCAUAACAUGAGAGAAAUGACCAUCAGAAAUAGUGUGGAAAAACUAGAGUGCGAAAAGAGACAGAAAAUUAUUGAAAAACAGAGAAGUUAUUUUGUUCGUCAACAUUCGAGAGAUGAAAAUGAAAUUAAGCAGAUAUUACUCCGCUUGCAACAGGAACAAGAGACAAUGCACGACGAAUUGGAAGACUCUACACUUUACACAGAGCCUGACACGCCCUUGAGUACACUGUGUGACCUUGAGAAAGAGUCAGAUGAACGGGAGGAGGUGGUCAAUCCGUACCCACUGGUCAUCCUCCCUAAAUACGGAUCUCCAACCCGACUGAAAAACAAAGCUAGAGACGAAACUGGCAGUCCACCAAGGACUAGCAACAAAUCUGACAGUGAUGAUCUGCAGAAUAAGUCAUCAACAUUUCGAGCCACAGUUAUUGCCGCGUCAUUUAUUAAUAAAUUGCAUGCUCCUAUUGCUGCAAGAAAAGGCGGGAAGAGCCCUUUCAAAGGAGGAGACAAUGCAAUAUGGGUCGGUGACCCAGAAUACAUUUCCUCCAUUCGCCGACCCCGGAAGUCGAUUACUGACAUGAAUCAUCAGAAAAGUAUUUAUCGAGCAAAAUCCGACCUCCACAGGUUUGAAGGUCUCAAUCCAUCAUCACAAAGUGGUUCCACAGUUAACGUCAGAGGCGAAACCCCGAGGUCCAAACACAGAGACAGUCCGGGAGAAUUACAUAUCCCGUCAAAUACUUCUUCUGAAGAGAAAAAUUCAAAACAAACUGAAACUUCACCAAAAUUCAUUCGAAAAUUAUCAAAAGACAGACAGACUUUUGAAAAGAACCCUAGUAAUGACAGUGUCGGAACAGAAUCGAGAAGGUCACCAAGAGCCAGAAGGGGUUCAUUAGAAAAGUGUGCAAGAGCAAAGUCAAAUGCUGAGCGAAAUCAGCUCUCUACUAGGAGAUCUAAAAGUCGUCAAGACCUGACAAAAUCAGAUGAUGCCGAUGGUCAAAAAUUCUUUUCUGGAGAGAAAACACAUUCCAGAAAGUCGUCAUUGAAGAAAAAGAAAGAGGAAAACGAUGCGACAACAGAUAAGCCUAAGAAAAUUUCUUUUGCGGACGACUCCUUACCGAAAAGAAGUGGGUCCUUAAAAGAGAAAAAAACAUCUGUUUCCGGUCGCCCAAGAUCCUCUUCUGGAAGUACAUAGCAGUUUUUUUGGUUUAUAUCAGCUGAAAUUAAACAAUCUAGAACCACAACUCAGAGCUUUUCUAGCAGUAUAUACUCCCAUCUUUUGAUUCCAGAAAUCAAACCAAAGCUAAUUAAAAGUUUCUUUUGUCUGGAAAAUUGAGAAAUUAUAAUCUGUGAACAGUGAAAAAGGUUAAAGGAACAGAAAAGAAAAGCGCUGUAAAUUGCCAUUUUUAUUUCUGGAUACUGAAAGUUUUUUUUUAUUUUUAAAACAGUUAGUGAAAUAUUUCUCUAAUAUGAAUGACCUAUAAAAUUGGGACUCUGAUAAACAUAUAUAAUGUAAAUGUUAUGAUUUGUGAUCAGUUAAUACGACACUGUUUGACAUUUUAAUGGAGAGCACUAUA